AUUCCGCACAUCUUACCGGCCAUAUCGCUUUCUGAGGCAUCUCACUCGGCCUACAAGCUUCACAGGUACAGCUUUUGAAGCGAUAGCGCCACGUCAAUCUUAUCAUGGCGUCUCGGGUACAAGCGGUGCCAAGCAGACUCGUCUCAUCAGGAUCCACUGCCGCCUCCUCCUCCUCCUCCUCGACCCGCUCUUCUUCAAGACGAAUUGCACAUCGUCCUUACUCUUCUUCCUCUGCUCAACCCCUCGACUCUCCUUCUCCCUCUGCUUCUUCAUCCUCUUCACCUUUACAUCGAGUGCGUCUCCCCUCUUCCUCGGCCUCGCCGCAGAAGCAAAUCGGUCAACCACUCCCAUCCUCUCAUCCUCACCUCUUUCCCAGCUUCGACAAGCGGACGCCUUUUCCCUCUCUCUUUCCACAACCGCGCUCCUCUCAUCUCGUCUCGAGGGACUAUCAUGAAAGUCUAAGAGAUGGUGGAGCGGCGGAGGAGUUGAGUGUGGGGAUCACGAGGGGGGAGUAUGAGGAGAGGAGGAGGGCGUUGAUGGAGGGAUUGGAGGAGGGGGCAGUGGUGAUUGUCAUGGGGGGACGGAUCAAGUAUAUGAGUGGUCAAAUAUUCUAUCGCUUUCGCCAAGCCUCGCCCUUCUUCUACCUCACCGGCUUCCUCGAAGCAGAUGCAGCGCUAGUUCUAGAAAAGCAGUCUUCUACACCACGAGGCUUCAAAAUGACCUUGUUCUUACCGCCUCACGACGAGGGACAUGAAGUCUGGAAUGGCCCGCGUUGCGGGAGUGAUGGAGCCACUCGCAUCUUUGGCGCUGAUGAGGGGAUUGACAUGGACAGUGAAGGGAGGAGUCUGCUCACCUACCUGAAGAAGGUCCUCCCACAGGCGUCGAAGAUCUAUCACGAUCCUGCCUUACCUCCGACAAUACCACGCAAGUCCUCUCGUAGUACGACAGGCGGCGCAUCGAGCUCGCUGCUGAAUUACCUCGCUCCAGAAUCGUCGCCCUUUGAUCUCUUCUCCCGGAGAUCCGACUUCGACUCUGUGCUCAAAUUUCUAGCAGAUCCGAAGAAAGCGGUCCCCCUCACACCCAUACUAGACAAGCAGCGUUUGAUCAAAUCGCCGAGCGAGCUGCGACUGAUGAGGAGAGCAGGGCAGAUUGCAGCCCUGGCUCACAAUUCUACAAUGGCCUUUUCCAAUACCGCUCUGGCUACGAGUGAGUGGUCCCUGCAGGCUCACUUCGAGUACACGGCUUCACUACUGGGAGCCACACGAGCUGCUUACGUCCCAGUAGUAGCCACGGGGGACAGGGGCUGCACGAUACACUACACGGAGAACGACCAUACGCUUGGAAAGAGCCUGCCUGGUCAGGAGAGGCGGAACGAGGAGGGAGAGAUGGUAGGACACCUCCUGACCAUGGACGCCGGCAUUGAGUAUGCGGGCUACACAAGCGACAUCACUCGAGCAUGGCCAGUUGCUUCAUCCUCCUCGGCUUCUUCGGGGGACAAGAGGAUCAAUUUUACUACGCCUCAGCUGCACCUCUACGAAGCUCUGCUACGGGUGCUCAAGGGGUGCAUCAAGCUCUGCACGGCUGACCUGGGCUACUCGCUUGGUGGCGUGCAUAGGAGAUCUGUGGAGAUGCUGAGAGUGGAACUGAAGGAUCUGGGAUGGGACGUGAGAGCAGGCGAGCUCGAGAGGGUCAUCUAUCCUCAUUACUUGGGCCACAAUCUCGGUCUUGACCUUCACGACACACCUUCUGUGCCCCGCUCCACCCCACUGAAAAAGGCACAAACGAUCACAAUCGAACCAGGUCUGUACAUCCCUCCCGAGCACUCGAACCUGCAUCGUCUCUCCUCCUUCAUUCCCAAGGAAUUUCGUGGCAUCGGUCUUCGACUAGAAGACGACAUUGCUGUUGGUGAGAGGGAGACAGAAGGUGCAAUUGUGCUCAGUGCAGAGGCGGUGCGAGAGGUGGAGGAUGUGAGGGCUGUUUGUGAGGGAAGGAUUGGAGGGGGAAUCGAGGUGGAGAGACACCUGCUGGCGCGUGGGUGUGGAUUGGGGUUCGACGACCCCAGGCAGCAGUCAGAGAUGUAGAGAUUGUGCACGUCAUUCUAUUCGCAUUUGUAUCCCAUAGAACACUUUCUUGGCG